ACCUCCAAAGCAAAAGAGGAAUUGGCUAGUGCUUUAAGCGCCAUGGAACAACCUAAGGAGAACUUCAAGAAGAAACGGGCAGACUGGGCCGCUGAGAAAUCCGCUUUGAUCAAACGAGCCGAGGAUGCUGAGGCUGCGCUAAAACCAGUGGCAGAUGAACUAACCAGCAUAAAGCGGCACGUGCAUGCCAUGACUGCUGCUAUCUUUGGGACACGCAUUGGUCACUUGGGGUCAGAUGUACGGAAGAAGCUAAAAGCCGCCUAUACAUUGGUUGAACAAUUGUAUACUGGUGCCCAGCGGAUCAUCUGUACCGCCUCUCAUAACAAACCGGCGCCUACUUUGAUUCAAGAUACCUUGAUGAAACUGUCUGUGUUUCCUGCCCGGAUUGAAGAGCUAAAGAAAUCUGCUGCGUGAACCGGCGCAAUCAAUGCUUUAAUCCGGGCAAAAGCCUGGGUGCCGGAUUUUGAUCCUGUUGAAGCGG